AUGGAACCCCAGAAGCUGCUGAUAAUUGGAUUUCUGCUAUGCUCUCUAACUUGCCUCUUGUUGGAGACAGUAGCUUCCUCUCCUUCGCCUUUGUCUGCCUUGGGAAUACAAGAAAAAACAGGAUCGAAACCACGCUCAGGGGGUAAUCACAGGUCCUGGCUGAACAACUUCAGGGAUUACUUAUGGCAACUUAUCAAGAGUGCCUUACCUCCAGCAGCCAUUGUUGCUUUUCUUCUCACCUCAGCACUAAUGGGGAUCCUCUGCUGCUUCACCAUUCUUGUAGUUGAUCCAGUCCAGUGA